UAUUUCUUCAUCCGCCGUUACUAUUUUAUCUCUUCCUUGUCUUCCGCCGUUACUCUUUAUGGCAUGCUAUUGAAAGAAAAAUGAAUUAAGUCUUGUAGAUCAUUAAUUAUUUAAUUUGGCAAGUAGUCCUAUUUAAUUUAUUGUUCAAUAGGAUCAGCUGCAACACCACCGCAAUUUUCAGCGAUGUUUGUGUUUGGAGACUCCUUAUAUAGCAGAUGAUGGUAAUAACAACUACUUUAAAUUCUUUGGCAAAAUCCAACUGCCUCCCAUACGGAGAUUUGAUAGGGUUGCCUCCUCUUCCACCCUUUGCAAUUACUUUCUCAACAGGGAGAGACAUACUUAACGGAGUAAAUUAUGCUUCAGCGGCUGCAGGAAUUCUUGAUGAGACCGGGAAAUAUCUGGGAGAUCGCUAUGCCUUAAGCCAGCAAAUUCAAAAUUUUACAAGUACUUUAAGCCAAUUAAAGACCCAAAUGGAAGACAAGAAGCUCAUCCAGUAUCUGGCAAAGUCUUUGGUUAUCAUGAAUGUAGGAAGCAAUGACUGCAUUAAUAAUUAUCUCUUGCCUUCAAUGUACUCUACCAGUUUCAAUUACAACCCUAAAGACUAUGCUGAUCUUCCCAUAAAAAGCUACACAGAGCAACUAUCGGUGCUACAUGGUUUAGGACUUAGAAAGUUCUUGUUGGCAGCGGUGGGUCCUCUUGGAUGCAUCCCAAACCAACUAGCCACUGGUGUUGCUCCUCCAGGAAAGUGUGUAUCAUUUGUUAAUGAUAUGGUUGAAAUUUUCAAUAUGCCACUCAAGUCUACGGUCGAUCAGCUAAACAAGGAACAUACGCAAAAUGGCACAGUGUUUGUUUAUGGAAACACUUACAAAGCUUUCUUUGAUUUACUCAACAACCUUACUUCAUAUGGUAAAUACAUCGAUAUUUGAGUUUUAUUAGUAUAAUAAUAUCCUAAACUUGGAGAGAUGUGAAGUAAGAUGAUUAUAUGGGGUGCAGGAUUUGAAGUUACAGAUAGAGGGUGUUGUGGAAUUGGAAGGAAUCAAGGUCUAAUAAAUUGCCUACCAUUGGCAGUCCCUUGCUUCAACAGAGACCAAUUACCAUCCAACCCAAGCCUUUAAUCUUAUCAUGGCUCAAAGGGCUUAUUCAGGUCCAUCAUCCGAUUGUUUUCCUAUUAAUUGUUUUCCAUUUAUUUAUUUUAAUUGGGAAGGGGAGAGGAGCAUUACACUUACAUUGGUGUGUUUCCAACACCAGUGUCUAUUUCUUGACCAUUUAAUUCUCUAUUUAUAUAUAAUAAAUAUUCAGGGAAA